AUGACUGAUUUAUUUGCCAUGGAUGAUGACGAGCCCGAGGUUUCUCAGUUGAUCUCGAGGCUCCAACAGCUCAACUACCGUCUUUUGGACGAGCCCGAGGAGCACGUGGAAGAAGCCAACGCUGCAAACAAUGAACCAGCUCAACCAAUAGCCUUGUCAAAGAGAAAUGUUACCAAUUUCCUCAGCGUGAACAGAAGUGAGGACGCUCUCGACGGCGAUACGGUGCCUGAUUUACCACGCCUGGGGAUUCCCAUGAAAGUGCGCCGCAGAAGCAGCGUAUCCUCGGCGUAUGAAGUUGAGCUCGGGGAGUCAUAUGUGUCGUCCUCGGUGAAAAGCGAUCAUUUAUCGAGUUACAGGCCCAAGUUGGCUGACUUCGAGCCCAUUAGAGUUCUCGGUCAGGGCUCGUAUGGGAAAGUAAUUCUCGUCAAGGAAAAGUCGACUGGAAAGCUUUUCGCUCAGAAACAGCUUCACAAAGCUUCCUUGGUCAUCAAAGAGACCAAUGAAGUACAUCAAACCAACUAUCAGCGCACGCUUAACGAGAAGACUAUUCUCGAAAAGGUUGCGCAUCCUAAUAUCGUGAAGCUAUACUAUGCUUUUCAAGAUCAGAACAAGGUCUAUCUCAUUUUAGAAUACUUAGACGGAGGCGAACUCUUUCAUCACUUGGCACAGCAAAAAUUCUUAAGUGAGAGGGAUGCUUCGUACUACAUCGCUCAAAUUGCACUCGCUUUACGCUACUUACACAAUUGCCUCAAAGUCAUUUAUAGAGACUUGAAGCCGGAAAAUUGCAUGCUUAAUUCGGAGGGCAAUUUGGUCUUGACAGACUUUGGUCUCUCAAAAGUGUCAUCAAGAGAUGAAAAUCGUCAUUCGAUGAUCGGCACUGCGCAAUACAUGGCUCCAGAGGUAAUCUUGGGCAACGAAUACGACUUUUCAGUCGAUUGGUGGUCUCUAGGCUGUGUUGCGUUUGAUAUGCUAACUGGAUCUCCUCCCUUUACUGGUCACACAAAUGAGAAAAUCAUGGAUAAAGUUACUCAUUCCAAAAAAUAUCUUAAGUUUCCUUAUUACCUCUCCGCUGACGCCAAGGACUUACUUCGCAAGUUAUUGCAGCCAGAUCCACAAAAAAGACUCAAUGUUGAUACUGAGUUUGAGAAAUUUAAAAAUCAUAGAUUCUUUAGAUACCUUGAUUGGGGGGAUAUCGACGGUACAAAUGGUGAGAGCUCGAAAGUGCUCCCUCCCAUAAUGCCGGUGAUUACAGAUCCAAUAUUAGCCGAGAAUUUUGAUGAUGAGUUCACGUCGAUGUCUUUCACACCUCAUGAUUCAAGAGCUGUCUUCCCUGCAAGUACAAGCCUGGGGGAUAUUUUACAUGUCAAUGGGUUCACCUACACCAAUGAAAGCUACUUAAUGACCGCGUUGAAAGAUAGAGCCGGCUGA